UCAUCAAGACGUAUUCAAAACCGGCUUACAAUAUGUCUCUAAGUAAAUUAAUUUUUCGUCGACUCAAUAUUCUUCAAAAAUAAAGGAGAUGGAAUUGGAGGAUGCCAUUACUGUGACAAAAGUAAAUACUCAUAUUGGUCCGCUUUACAUAUUGAUUGGAUGGCAAUCAAAAUCCUUUGAAAUUUUCAUUUACCAGGAUGAUUAUGUUUGGAAAGGGAAAUUUUCUGCACAUCGAUUGGCCGGAUUCAGCAAAAAUUUGCAAUUGCCUGAAAAUGAAUAUAUUGCUAGUAUAAAAAGGUGUUUAUCGGAAUAUAGGGAAGAUUACCUGUAUGAAUUAAAAAGUGGUUUCUUUUAUUGGAAAAGAAUACAAAACGAAUCUAUAAUAAUCGAAGGCUUCCUACCUGUAGAAUUGGAAAAUUCUCCAAAUAUUACACGUUUAGAUUUGAUUGAUAUUUCACUAGCCUUAAAUAGACACUUAUGUAACAAAGUUAGUAACUACAAAUCUAAAUUUGAGAAUAUUCAAAAAGAAUAUCAAAAAUGCUUAAACGAUACAGAAGAAUUUUUAAGUUUAAAAGUAGACAUGGAAAAAACGCUUAGCAAGAAAUUUUUAAAUUUGCUCAAUUUAAAGAAAAACGAAGUUGUGAUGUUGCUUAAAUCAUCGUAUAAAAUGCAAUGA